CAGGCUGUGUCGGCUUUUAUCUGUCGUGAUACAUUAUCGUACUGACGUAUGCUUGGUCAGCGGUAUAAAUAUAGGACCAACAGUUUCAAUUAUCUCAUAGUUACGUUGUGUGUCGUAGCAAGCGGUUUUCGCUAUGUCGUGGCACAAAUUUCUGCUUCUUUUGUUAUUGGGAUUUGCUCAGCUCUUCGUUUUCAGCGAUGCGGCGCGAAUACCACGAACCAUAUCAGAACCGACAACUACCGACAAAAACUGUGGCUAUGAGGCGUGUCAUGCGGUGGACUCAAAGAAACUUAACAUUCAUAUAGUCUCACAUACUCACGAUGAUGUUGGUUGGCUAAAAACUGUAGAUCAGUAUUAUUUUGGAAGCCGGUCUACGAUCCAAAAAGCUGGUGUGCAGUACAUUCUCGAUAGCGUUAUCAAAGCGUUGCUAGCUGAUCCUAGUAGAAGAUUUAUUUUUGUGGAGACCGCUUUCUUCUGGAAAUGGUGGUUACGACAAAACGAAAGAGUGCAGGCCGACGUCAAGAUGUUGAUUAAUGAAGGACGAUUGGAAAUCAUUGGAGGAGCAUGGAGCAUGAAUGACGAGGCCUGCACUCACUACCAUUCACUGGUCGAUCAGUUCACCUGGGGAUUUAGACGACUAAAUGACACAUUCGGAAGCUGUGCUAGACCACGCAUAGGAUGGCAAAUAGAUCCGUUCGGCCAUUCCAGAGAACAGGCUUCUCUGUUCGCACAAAUGGGAUUCGAUGGGAUGUUGUUCGGUCGUCUUGAUUAUCAAGAUAAGGCUCAGAGAUUGCGCGAUCAAACGAUGGAAUUUAUUUGGAAGAGCAGCCCAAGUUUAGGCAAACGAGCGAAUUUGUUCACGGCCGCGAUGUACAACACUUAUAGUCCACCGCCAGGAUUUUGCUUCGACGUUUUAUGCGCCGACGAACCAAUGAUUGAUGACCCUGAUAGCCCUGAUUAUAACAUCGACAAAAGGAUUGAUGAUUUUCUGCUAUACGCGGUUGUGCAAUCUAAUUAUUACCGCACAAAUCAUAUCAUAUUAACAAUGGGAGGAGAUUUCACUUAUCAAGACGCAGAAAUGUACUUUAUGAAUUUGGACAAACUGAUAAGAUAUACAAAUCAACGCAAUGGUUCCACAGUCAAUGUGAUUUACUCGACACCCUCGUGCUACCUGAAGGCUUUGAACGACAAGAACUUCCAGUGGCCCAGUAAAAGCGAUGAUUUCUUCCCGUAUGCAAGCGAUCCUCAUUCUUACUGGACCGGUUACUUCUCGUCAAGACCAACUGUGAAAUACUUCGAGCGGAUGGGAAACAACAUGUUGCAAGCAACUAAGCAGCUUGUCGCUUUAACAAACUUGGAGAAUCACAACAAGCACUUGGAUAACUUCCGUGAAGCUAUGGGAAUAAUGCAACAUCAUGAUGCCGUUACCGGUACUGAGAAGCAAUUGGUUGCUAACGAUUAUUCACGUAUAUUGUAUGAGAGUAUGCACAAUGCCGGAGAAAUCAUUUCGGAAGCCAUAGGAAAAUGGUCAAGAAUGACGUACAGUUCGGAGCCGUCCAUUAAAAUAUUUACAUGUUUGGAAUUGAACAUCAGUUCAUGCGCAUUUUCCGAAGAAAACGACAUGUUUUUGGUUGUGGUGUACAAUCCUCUAAGUAGACCUGUUUCUACGCACGUUCGUGUUCCUGUUCAAGGAAAUUCUUAUGCAGUUCAAUCACUAAUUGCUGGACUAAAUCCAGUCACACAAAUAGUGCCGAUUCCCGAAGCAGUGCGAAAAGUCCCAGGAAGAUUGAACAAGGCAACGAACGAGAUCGUUUUCCGUGCUGCGGAUAUUCCUGCCCUCGGUCUACUGUCUUAUGUCAUCACCAAAAACACGCAGGAAGAAAUAUUUGAGCCACAGCCAUUGAACUUUAUAAGUAACGAGCUGUAUAACGUAUCCGUUACUGACAACGGUAAUUUACUAGUGCAAUGGAACAAACAGAAUAUGAGCCUCGUGCAAUCGUUCCAUUACUACGAAGGAAUGGAGGGCAACAAUAAGGUUUUUGAAAAUAGAUCAUCUGGUGCGUACAUCUUCAGGCCUAAAGAAGCGUCAGCCCGGAAUUUUAUAUACACUGGAUCGUACAAUAUCUAUAAAGGUCCUGUCGUACAAGAGCUUCAUCAAACAAUAAACGAGUGGGUCAGUCAAGUAGUACGAAUCUAUCCGGAAGAACAGCACAUCGAAUUCGAUUGGCUUGUUGGAUCGAUACCUGUCGAGGAUAAAAUUGGUAAAGAGAUCAUCACAAGAUAUACAAGCAAUUUAAAUACGGAUGGAGUAUUUUAUACGGAUAGCAAUGGGAGAGAGAUGUUGAAACGUGUGAGAAAUUAUCGGCCGACGUGGGAUCUGAAAAUGGAAGAGCCAAUAUCCGGGAAUUAUUAUCCAGUGACGAGUAAAAUUGCAAUCAAGGACGAGGAAAAGCAACUGAAGCUAAAUAUUCUGACUGAUCGUGCUCAGGGUGGAAGCAGCUUACAGGAUGGAGUAAUUGAAUUGAUGGUUCACCGAAGACUUCUAAAGGAUGAUGCGUUUGGUGUGGGCGAAGCGUUGAAUGAAACAGCAUUUGGCAAAGGUUUAGCAGUAAGAGGCACACACUAUCUUUUCGGAGGUAAAGUUAAAAAUGUGGAUGAAUUCGUAUUGACGGAGAAAGAACUGGCCCUGAAACUGGCUCUGUAUCCUUGGAUCUUGGGUGCCCCUGUUAACUCGAGCAGCGUCGAAAAUAUUUCUGCUGUACUCGAAACUUUUACCUCAGGACUUACAAAGGCAUUACCACGAAACGUGCAUAUUCUUACUUUAGAACCGUGGAAGGAUGGCACGAUUCUAUUGAGAUUGGAGCAUCUCUUCGAGGUUGGUGAGGCGCAGCAAUUGUCUCAGCCGGUGGAAGUUAACAUUCAGGAUCUAUUCUCGACAUUCUCGAUCGAAUCAAUUAAAGAAACUACAUUGGGCGCUAAUCAGCUGUUGAGUGAAAAUAAUCCAUUGAAAUGGCAAUUGGAAACAAAUAAUAUUCUCCAGAAUGAGGAAGAGAGUGUGCAACCCGUAGAGAUUCAUAAAGAUGUAACCAAUGUCCUCUUAAAACCGAUGGAAAUACGCACGUUUAUUCUCAAAGUAAAACAAAGAUCUCUUUAAUUUUCAUAAGAAUUAUUAAUUUUGUCAUAAAUUGAUCUUGUUAUCUUUUCUACAUUAUUGUACAUGUAUGCAAUUACUAUAAGAUAUAAUUGUAUAAUACAAAUGUAAAUUGAAUUAAAAAUUAAAUAAAUAAAAAAUUGGCUUA